AUGCAGUUUUGGCCUCCUGUUAACGUGAAAAGGCGGAGCGGAUGCAUGGCCAUGCUGGCAACUGCGCCACUGCAGCAAGACGACGGCGUCGACGUCGGCCUCGCCACACCGCUGGCGACGGGUGGAGAUAUUGGGCCGCGAGACGGCUGCAGAGCGGGGGCCACUGCCGGCGACGAGGGCAGCUUCACCAUGCCCAUGGCGGCCGACAGUCCGCUGGUGCCGGCGACGGUGUGCCCACCGGCGCCUUGGAAGUCAGCACCGGUGCCGACGAGGAAGCGUGCGCCUUUGCAGCAGCGGCUCUUCUACCCGGUGCCGCGCGACUUGACCACCGUGUUCGUGGUUGUGCCGCAGUGCCCGCCGCCCGCCAAGAAGAUGCGGGUGCACGUGGUAGAAUCAUCUGUGCCUCUAGGCACGUGA